AUGACAUCGAGUGGGGGUUCGGAAACUAGGGAGCCCAUAAUAUUUGGAAAAGAGGUCAAGGAAAUAGUGCCAUUUACAUUGAUCACUUUAUCUGAUGAGCAAAAGUUUGCCGUGGAGCGGGCCAAAAAAUAUGCACUGGAGCAAAGCAUACAAAACGCCGUUCGAAAGCAAAUGACUCAAUUACAGACACAGGACAUGAAUAAUAUAAAACAAACUCAAGCUCUUGUUCUCCUUAGUCGUAUUUACGUUGGUUCCAUCAGUUUUGAAAUUGGAGAAGAAGAAAUCAGAAAGGCAUUUUCCCCAUACGGUCCCAUUAAGUCAAUUGCAUUAAGUUGGGAUAGCGCUCUUCAAAAGCAUAAAGGUUUUGCCUUCGUUGAAUUUGAGGUUCCAGAGGCGGCUUCGCUUGUUCUUGAACAAAUGAAUGGCUUUAUGAUUGCUGGACGUGGAAUAAAGGUCGGUCGGCCUAGCAAUGCGCCCCAAACAGCUAGUCUGGAAGCUGAACUACGUCAAGAUCCGUCAAACAAAUGUCGGAUAUAUGUUGCUGGUGUCCACCCACAACUUUCGGAAGCUGAUAUUCAGACGGUAUUCGAGGCAUUCGGAACGGUUAAGUCUUGCAGUCUUGAACCAGAUGUGAAAUUCGGUCAACCAGAAUGUAACCACAAAGGGUACGGUUGGAUUGAGUUUGAAACGGAGGAGGCAGCGAUUGCAGCUGUGACUAAUAUGAAUGGAUUUGAGAUCGCCCAUACCCUUCUUCGCGUUGGUAGAGCUAUCACACCAAGGAAUUCUUCCAAUUCUACUUCUGCGGCACUUCCUACUGCUGCAGUUGCUGCAGCCGCUGCGUCUAUUUCGGCUCGUGUCUCAGCACUCGAAAAGGAAAACGCAACUGAUGUCGCACGAUCCUCGCCUACGGCGCCGUCGGUCACGUCGGGAUUCUCCUCGGGAUGGGGUAGUGGCGAACACGUGCCCCCGCCAGGUGUCUUUGUUCCUCCGGUCACCACCGUUGUAGGCGGCACCGCGCACCAUCCUUCGGCACCACCUUCUGGUGUGCCUGCCCCUGAAACUCAUUCGGCCACCGCUGGUGCUCAUUGGGACGAUGAUGAUGUUACCAUGACAACCCAGGAUGAAGAUGUGCAUACCGACGUUAUUCAAGAUGCAUAUUCCCCCUCAGCUGUAUCACCUAUUACCUCAGAUAUCCCCUCAAGCGUGGUUUUGCUGGAGAACAUGGUUUCAGCGAACGAAGUCGACUCCUAUCUGGAGGAGGAGGUGGCAGAAGAGUGUAGUAACUUCGGCCAGGUCCUGCGGGUUCUCGUGCACGUUUACGGAGACGAAGGUCUAGUGCGCAUCUUCGUGCACUUUGACAGUCGCGAUGCCGCUCAAAGCGCCGUUCAAGGACUCAACGGGCGCUUUUUUGGUGGCAGGCAAAUCGUCGCCCGCCUCUACCCCGAUGAAGAGUUCCAAAUGCGCAAACUUGAUCUUUGA